AUGGAGCAAAAACUUUUGGAGUUGACCUCUGCCUCUCAGAAGGCUCUUUUACGUGGUAAAGAUCUUUGCUCGAAGGCAGACGCUCUUGUUAAGGACUGUAAACGGGAUGUAGAAAAUAUAGAAAGAACAUAUCCCAAACUUCGUUUUUUCUGGGGAGAAUUAGAGGUUCAAAUUAAAAAUGUGGAGACACUGAAGGAAUUUGCGUUAAAACAAAAUAAAUUUAUAAAGCAGUUUCACGCUAUCAAAGAAAAAGAAUUGGGAACAAUAAUUGAUGACAUGGAAAAUACCUUAGAAAUCUUACGCCGCAAGUCAGUAGAUCCUGCUAUUUGCAAAAGUGCAUCGAACAUGACAACAGAGAAUGGUGAAAAUCAAGCCGCUGAAGUUUCAUUGAAAGGUUUGAUAGAACCGGAAAAUUUGGAGAAGGAGAAGAUUACUCUAUUUGACUACGUGGAUGAGCAGAGUAUUCAAGAACUAAAGAUUAGAACCCAAGAAGAAUUAAACGCGAUACAGCAAUUCCACAAUGAUAGCACAAAUUUACUGAAAAAUAUUGAUAUUCAACUUGAUCACUUUAACCUGAUGCUCAACAAUAAUUCUAUUUCAUUGGAAGAAUCCGGUAUUGGAUUCGCUGAUCUUAAAUGUCAAAUACAAGAACGCGCCACAAGCACGAUGGCAGAGACACUUAUGUCCCUGAUGCGACAUUAUGAUCAGGUUAGCGGUGCUCUCAAGGCAUCACAAUCUCAUACGGAGGCCAAUUCGAUAUUAGACAUAUCAGUACUUGUUAAAGACACUGAUGAGAUACCCAACAUUGUCGAAGAACUAAACGAAGCACUAAUGAUAAUAGAAUCAACCAGCGAGGAAGUUCGUGUACGAAGUCGUAUUUAUGAUGCCUCAUUGGAAGAAGCUACCAAAAUAUUUCACGAGCUGGAGAAUUUCAGCUCUAAUAUGGAAGAUAUUGUGGGAGAAAUAAAGGCUAUUGAGGCAGAUUUUGAGAAAAGGAAGGGCAUGGUAGAACGAUUAAUUGAAGAGUCCUGGAAUUUAAUUGGAUGGUAUGAAGAAUUCUUAAAAUCCUACGAUUAUAUGUUACUUGAAAUCGAUCGCCGAAAUGAAGUGAGAGAAAUGCAUGAAAAACUAGCCGAGGAAUAUUUAUCAAAACUUGAGAAUUUAUAUAUUGAGGAAGCUCAAAAUCGAGAUACGUUCUUUCAGAAGCAUGGUAGAUAUUUACCAAUAGAUUUGUGCCCGCCAUUAACAGAACCACCAAUACGAUUCGAAAUUAUUCAGCAUGAAGGAACUCGGUUACCGGUGUUGUCAAGGGCAGCCAUUGAAGAGGCACAAGAUAAUUUGUUAAAAUACAAUGGUCGCGAUCAAUAG